AUGUUUGCUAGUAAUUCCACACCAUAUGGGGUAAAAAGUUUGCUGGAGUGUAUGUCCAGAGCUUCACUCCUGGCACAGCCAGAUAACAUCCCAAGAUUUUUGUCAACACAUGUGAAGAAAAUGUUAGAAUCCAGGGAUGAUGACUCAAGAGAUAUCAAAGAAGUCGCCUUUGGGUAUCAAGAGCAGUGGGCUCCUUUACAAAGCCAGAAAAAGAAGCAGCAGUUGUCCAAACCGCCGGACAGUGCGUACGUGUGCGUCCUGACGGAUUGCCCGUAUCACAAUAAACAGGGUGAGAGCAGAGCGGCUGAUGGACUGUCGUGGUCAAUCGAGGCCACAAAAGAGCCGAAAAAGACAGAGGAUCUGGGGCUCCAGGGGUCAAACGGAGAGCAGAGAUCGUUCACGGUGCCUGCGUCUUACAGACCCAAAGGUGGACACGUUGUGGAUCCAGAAUUACUGCAAAAGAGAGGCAGAGCAGCGGCCUAUGGCAGAGAGGCUUUCAGUGGAUCACGCGCUGCCUUGUUGUGCGCACUCUGCACAAAUAUCCCACAACUGUCUCAUGAGUCCUCUAUGCACACCUGCCGCCAUGAGUACUGGGUGUUUGAGAUUUUCUUCCACAGCAACGUCUUCAGAUUGUUCAGAACUAGCGAGUGGUGGACCUCCAUCUGGCUGGCCAGGCCGCUGAGGGUCACGCACGUCCCCGCGCAGGUCCGCGGGCGCCCCGAAGAGCAGGAAGUCCUGCAGCAGCACGCACACCUUGGCCAGGUUGGGCUGCACGACCUCGGUGUUGCACUGCUUGACCAGCCGGUCGCACGUGGCCGUGCAGUCCCGGCCGUAGAAGGCCCGCACCGCCGCCUCCGAGGCCACGCCGCGCAGGUCGGCCAUCUUGCAGUCGUACUUGGCGUUGUAGCCCACGCGGUGGGGGCUGGCGUCGCAUAUGAGGAAGCUCCCGUACGAGCCGUGGAAGACCUCCUCCACGAACUCCAGCAGGCCGAUGGUGAUGCGGGCCCGCCGGGGCCACGCCGGGGCCAGCCAGUGGUUCAGGCCGGAGCUCAGGGCCUCGGGGACCACCGCCCUCAGGUAGAUGGGCACCUCCAGGGUGUAGAGGGAGCCGUGGCCCACGCGCUCCGUCACGUACAGGUCCCCGCAGAAGCCCAGCAGCUUGGGGGCGUGCUCCUUCUCGUGCAGGGCCACCAUCAGGAGGAACUCGUUGAUGUGGAGGAGAGCCCAGAUGGACUUGGCCUCCGCCAGAGACACUUUGCCGUCCUGGUUGAUGUCGGCCAGAGUGAUGACCCUGUCCACCAAGAGGUUCCACGCGUGGGCUUGUCAAACAAACUCAUCUCCUGUCGCAGCACGGAUUCUGGAGCUCUGCCUGAGCUCGCCUGCUCCUCAAUGCCACAUUUUACCACCACAGGCCUGUCUUUCCACAGUCCAAUGUAA